AUGGCGCCCGCUCCUGUCGUCGACGACGUCGACCUCGAUAUGGAACAGGAUGAUAUCAAUGAGAAUGAGGAGAAGAUCAUCAAUGAGGAGUAUAAGACGUGGAAGAAGAACAGCCCCUUCCUCUACGACAUGAUCCUGAGCACUGCUCUUGACUGGCCCACUCUGACCACCCAGUGGUUUCCCGACGUGAAGGAGCCCCAGGACAAGAACUACCGCGUGCACCGCCUUCUGAUCGGCACUCACACCUCACCGGGCUCCGACAACUACCUGCAGAUUGCUGAGGUUGAGAUCCCGAAGUCUGCUGAGCCUAACCCCAAUGACUACGAUGAGGAUCGCGGUGAGAUUGGCGGACACGGUCGCGAGCCUGCUGCCAUCAAGAUGAACAUCAUUCAGAAGAUCGACCACCCCGGCGAGGUCAACAAAGCCCGUUACCAACCCCAGAACCCGGACAUGAUCGCGACCCUCUGCGUCGACGGCAGGAUCCUCGUCUACAACAGGACAAAACACAGCAGUCUCAACCCCAGCGGCACCCCAAACCCUGACAUCGAGCUGCACGGCCACACACAAGAGGGCUUUGGCCUGAACUGGAGCCCUCACCAGCCUGGUGUCCUCGUCUCUGGAAGCCAAGACCAAACAGUCUGCAUCUGGGACCUCAACACGAUGCGCGGUAAGACGGUCGAGCCGUCCCGGAUCUUUACUCACCACCACCGCGUCGUGAAUGAUGUCCAGUACCACCCUGUCGCGAAGCACUUUAUCGGCACUGUCUCAGAUGACCUGUCGCUCCAGAUUCUUGAUACCAGACAGGCCGAUUCCACCAAAUCGGCGCUUACUGUGCAGAAGGGACACUUUGACGCCAUCAAUGCUCUCUCCUUCAACCCCGGUUCCGAGUUCGUGAUUGCCACAGCAUCGGCUGACAAGACCAUCGGCAUCUGGGAUAUGCGAAACAUGAAGGACAAGGUCCACACUCUUGAGGGCCACAAUGAUGCCGUGACUUCGCUAUCAUGGCAUCCUCAGGAGAUGGGAGUCCUGGGCAGCGGCAGUUACGACAGACGGGUCAUCUUCUGGGACCUGACUAGGAUAGGAGAGGAGCAGAUACCCGAUGAUGCCGAGGAUGGUCCUCCAGAGCUGCUGUUCAUGCACGGCGGUCACACGAACCACCUGGCUGACUUCAGUUGGAACCCCAACGACCCAUGGCUUGUUGCCAGUGCGGCCGAGGACAAUGUUCUUCAGAUCUGGAAGCCUGCCGACUCUAUUGUUGGCCGAGAGAUCAACACCGAUAUGCCCAUGGAGGAGAUGGACCGUUAG